AAACGAGUACUGCAAAAAUUUUCAUGAUUUUACAUAUGUAAAGAAUUCAAAAAAGAUAUAACUUUUCAAAGUUCUAUUAGGUUUAGCUUCAUUUGCAACUUAUGUUUGUGAAUCUGAAAAAAGUUAUUUAGAAUAGGGUAACUAUUAUACUAAGUUCCUGCAAGAUCUCUACUUUCUGUUAGCUUUAGGUUAGGUGGGCCUACUCACCAAAUUUUUUGUUUUUAAGGAAAGAAACAAUGAGAAGAAGUGAGGGGUAUAGGACCUGGUCUUCAGUUUGAAUUUGCUGCUAUUUCUGUCACUGAUUCUUUUUUCCUGAUUAGCUAUGGGACAUGAACAUGGAUUCUGGUCCAGUUUCAACUUUUCAGGUUCAUGAAUAUUUGAGAGCAAAGCUGUGUGAUUUAUACGAGAAUGAUUCCAUCUUUGAUAAAUUUGAGUGUUGCCUUAGUGGUGAUGGUUUACGAGUAGCAACUGGAUCUUAUAGUUUCGUGUGCUUGGUUAUGCUGCGGGAAGCACGGACGCAACUACAUUAGAGGCGAGCAAGUACCCCAGAAUACAAGUGCAGACCCCUUCGAGGCCUUUCGGGUUCUUGGGAAGCAGUAUAACGCGUGUUGUCAGGAGAGGAUCAGAAAGUCUUGGGGCUGAUGCUAGUGGAAACUUGUAUGAUUUCAUAACCAAACUGCUCCACCUUACAUGGCAUCCAACUGAAAAUUUAAUUGCAUGUGCUGCUGCAAACAACUUCUACAUGUAUUAUGCAUAAGUCAUGAUAGGAGAAAUGGGGUUCUCUUGGCAGAAGGCUUCGUUUCAAAGAAAGGACAAUUUAGCAACUUACUUUGUCAACAAUCCGACGCUCUAGUUCUUGUUCUCUUCUCACCAUAUUCUCCCUCACCUUGUCAAAAUUCCCUAUGUCACACUCCUGGUAAUUGGUUUGGGAACACGUUUAAUGAAUGAGCUGCAGCAAUUCUUCACUGCCGGAGUGGGAUCUAAUUUGCUAGUAUACCUACCUAUUCUUGAAAUGGCACAUUGAUUUGGAGUGUUAUCCAUAAAAGAGAUUGUUGGCAUCUACUUGUACUUUCUUAUUCGAUAUUGUUAUUUACUCUAUGAUUCAAUCAAGAGCACCAGAACUUCUGUUGGGAGCCGAGCAAUAUUCUAUUGCGAUUGACAUGUGGUCACUGGGUUGUAUCAUGGCCGAGAUGCUAUCCAAAGAACCACUCUUCAAUGGGAAAAUAGAAGUUGAUCAAAUCGAUAAGAUAUUCAGAAUUCUUGGCACCACAAAUAAGACGAUUUGGGAAGGGUUCUCUGAGCUUCCUGGGGUGAAAGUCAGCUUUGUAAAGUACCCGUAUAAUAAUUUAAGAAAAAAAUUUCAAAAUGCUAUAUCCUUCAUGAGGUUACCAGUCCUAUCAGAGGCUGGCCUUGACCUGUUGAAUAAGCUUCUAACUUAUGAUCCUAAGAAGAGAAUAACUAUUGAUGAUGCUUUAAACCAUGAAUGGUUUUGUGAAGUUCCUCUCCCCAAGUCUAAAGAAUUUAUGCCUACUUUCCCUACACAGCAUGCACAAGAUAAGCAUGUGCGAAGACUAAUGAAGAGUCCAGAUCCUUGUGAGGAGCAGUAAAGAAAGAAACUGAAGCAGGGUGUUAGGAAUUGUGGAUUGUUUGGCUGAUAAGUUAAUAGUGCUCGACAACUAUUUUGAGUUUUGUUUUCUCUAAUACUCAUGGGUUGACGUGGAGGUUAGAGCCAUGCACUGGUAUAGUGCUUUAUCCUAAUGAUUUGACUUGAAAUCCUAGAAAUUUAUUGUACUUUAAGUAAGUACAAAGUAUAGUGUUCAAAGAAAUAGAACGAAUCAACUGAUUGAUGGUUCUUUUAGACUGUAGUUAAUGUGGCUGUUUUGUUUCUUA